AUGCACAAGCGCUCCAAGAAACCCGUGUGGGUGCUUUUCAAGAUUUUGGAGCUCUUGAUAAGCUCCAUUUCUGGCUAUGUGCAUUUCAAAGGUUUUAAAGAGCAAGAAAUUCCGCACAUCUUUUUACCGUGCGCCACAUUUGGAAGCGGGGUCAUCAUUGGCAUUCUCAGCUUGGUCGGAACUUUUUUCGCUGACCGGCUUACCAUGCGGGUUGAGGCCCUAACCAGCGGAAUGUUAGGCACGUUGUAUCUAGCUUCCGUCUAUGCGCACAUGUAUCUGGUGCAGCAUGAUAAGCUGCUGCCGUUUCUCAAAGAUCUCGAGGAGGAAAAGGACGGCUACAUAAUCUGCUGCAAUAGAAAUGCCAUUUUGAGCUUGUAUGCUGUUGCCAUCUAUUAUCUGCAUUGCACCUUUGCGCUGGAUAUUCUCCUUUGCCCUGAAAGUGAUCAUUUUUCUGACGAUGUGAAGCGCAGCAAACGUCGACUUAAAUUAUACUUUAUAAGCAAGGACGUUGAGCAUUACGUUAGCCGUUUUCGUUGGUAUCAACUGCUCUCCGCCAGCGUUCUGACCAAGAACGCAGAAAGGAAGCCAUCAUAUUUGGAAAAUGUUAUUCGUAGCAAGUCCAGCGUUUGA